AUCGGAGAGAAGGAACUCGACCGUCGCAUUCGCUGCCUCCCUCCGGCGUACGGCACCCGUCAUUUCAAGACCGGGAUAUCCACCCUCUCUCAGGUUUCCGGUAGCGAGCGGAAGGACAUCGCACGCAUUCUCCUCGGAUGCCUCGUUGGCCGUAUACCCAGGGCUGCAAUGCUCACCUUCCGUUCGCUGCUCGAUUUCAUAUACCUUUCCCAGUACCCCACUCACGACGAGUCUACCCUCGGAUACAUGGAAGACGCCCUCAAAAUGUUCCACGACAACAAGCAUAUACUGGAGGAACUCGGCAUUCGGGAGCACCUGAACAUACCGAAAGUCCAUUCCCUUCUACACUACGUCGAUUCUAUCCGCAGGCUCGGCACGACCGACAACUUCAACACCGAGAUGUUUGAGCGGUUGCACAUUGAUUGUGCGAAGAAGGCGUGGAGAGCCUCGAACCACCGCAAUGCUCGCCCGCAGAUGAUCAAGUGGCUCGACAGGAGGGAGAAGCGCAGUACGCACCUCCCUCGCAGCAGCAAAACACGCAUCAAAUUAGCCAAACAUCCGUCGUUCGCUCGACAAUCCUUACCUUCCAUCGAGGAACGACACGCGGCACCGGGCUUCACCGACGCCGACCGGGCGAACCGUCACCUACCAUUCGGCCGAGUGGAAGUCUUUCACGGUUUCAAGUUCAACAACAUUCCACUCAACGACAACGCCGAAGAGAAGGAUGGCGUCAAGGCCAGGCCUUCUUCAGCAGACAAGCCAGCAAGAUUCGAUACCGUUGUCGUAUUGCGCGGCGACGAGGCUGAAGCCACAGGGUUACAAGGGACUCGCGUCGGAAGACUGAGAGUUAUUUUUCAGCUUCCCAAAACCAUACGCGAUCCUACCACAAACCUGGAUAUGGAAGCACCGGAGGAGUGGGCCCAGGAGGGGCCUUUAGCCUACGUGGAGUGGUACGGGAAGCUGGGUUCAACGGCGAACCCAGUACACAUGAUGUACGACGUGAACAAGCUUCCUCUGCCAUCCAACGGCAAACCACAAGGAGACGUCGUACCCUUGAGUUCCAUUCGCCAAUCGUGCCAGUUAAUUCCCCGCUUCCCCGGCCCAUCGUCAUUGGAUUCCCUCGAGCGUUCAGUUCCUGAUGACUGGAAAUCAGACACGGUUCUUGACUGCGCCUCAAAAUUCGUAUUGAACAACUGGUCUAGUAAGUAUGCUUACCAGACUAUAUGGUGA